AUGACGUCCCAGACAGAUCUGAUUGCACAUGUAGUAUUGCAGCAGUUCCACAAAUUACCUUCAAAACGAAAACCUGCUGUUCGCGAUAAUUGCCUCCAUGAAUGGGUUCCAUUGAGUGGUAUCGUCGCUGAAAAGGAUGGUGUUCUGACGUGCAUAGCACUGGCUACUGGCAUGAAAUGCCUUCCAGCCUCGAAAAUCGCACAAUCUAAUGGUGUAGGGAUCCAUGAUUGGCAUGCCGAGGUUCUAGCAAUCAGAGCAUUCAAUCGGUUCCUAGUUGACGAGUGUCAAAGUCUGCUCGACGGAGAAGAUGAGUUGAACAUUUUGCAGAGAAAAAGGCAUACAUCCAACACCGAUGGAGCCUCUUUGCAGUUGUUCGAGAUCAAAGACGACAUAAAACUGCAUAUGUACUGCUCAGAAGCACCAUGUGGCGACGCCAGCAUGGAGCUCACGAUGGCUGCCCAAAGAGAUGCUUCUGCAUGGGAAACCCCAACUCCCAUGAGCAUUUCUCCAGGUCCAGAUGAGGAACUGUCUCUGCUGGGACGAGCUUGUUUCUCACGAACUGGAAUUGUUCGACGGAAACCUGCCCGAGGAGAUGCACCGCCUACGUUAUCCAAAUCUUGCUCUGACAAACUUGCACUUAAGCAGUGUACCUCGCUUCUUUCGUCCAUCACUUCACUUUUCGUCGAUCCGGCCAAUGCAUACAUCCACACCUUGAUCUUACCCAAAUCUCAACACUCUGAAAUCGCCUGUCAACGCUCAUUUUCAGCCAAAGGUCGGAUGAAAUCAUUGGUCGGCAUCGAGUGGCCAGGAGGUUACUCAUUCAGGGAAUUUUCAGUUGUGACCACGGACCUAGAAUUCCAGUUCUCAAAAAGAGCUGUGAAAGCUAGAGCUGAUAAGAUCUCGGCUAGCAAUCUAGCAGCAAUAUGGUCACUUUCAGGUUUCGAAGAGAAUAUCAUCGGGGGGGUUAUUCAAGGUCGGAAAGCGUUUAAGACCAAUGGAGCAAGUCGCACUUCGAGGCGGAGCAUGUGGGAGGCAGCAAGUAACCUCACCGGUAGACUUGGCGAACCAUACUAUGCAACGGCGAUCGGCCUAGCAUCUGGGACCUAUCGCGAUUUCAAAGAGGGACAGCUGACGACUCACAGACAGCAGGUUAAGGACAAUGCUCGUGAGACGGCGCUGGCAGGGUGGAUCAGGAAUGACGGAGGAUCGGAUUUUCAACUAGAAGAACAUAGCAAUCAUUGA